AUUCAAAUGUAAGGUCAGCAGAUACCUGUGGAUAUCAGUACAUCAUGUAAUCACCAGAUAAAAUUUCUUCUUUUUCUCCUUUCUGCCUCACUGUGCUUGGGGUACAGUGGGUUUGAAAUGUGAGCCUGUCAUUGUAAAUCCUCAGCUGAGUGUAGUAUAUGUUUGACAAUGCAAAAAUAAAAGAAUGAAGAGUGAGAGAUGUAUUUAAAUUUACUUUUAAAAUUUAAUUCGUAUUUUGUUGGGUUUAUAGUGUAAAUUAGACAAUUCAGGACUCAGUGCUUGGAUUGAGAGAUGCAGAUAGACAAUGUCUCAAAAACACCUCUGUACCACAUAGGAUCUGUCACAGAGCCAAUUUGCAGAAUUUGACAAAAGCACCAGACAUUUGCGCGAAAAAGUCAAUCUUGUAGAUUCCAAUAAAAAGAAAUAAGAAUUGUUGACUGUUGUGUUGAUUGUUUAUAAAAAUCUUAAUAUCAGAAGGGGAGAAGUAUUCUGUAUUUACGGGUUCUCUUUUAAUCUCUGAUAAUCUGGAAUGUUAUGAUUCCUAAAUACUGGUUGUAUUAAGGAACACUGUACUUUUUAUACGUUUACAGGACACUUAAGAUAUGAUCACCUGUGCCUUUACGUUUUACAAUAAGCAAUGUUUUUGCUUUGAACACCUUUAAAUGUGUACAACGUAAACUAAAACUGAUACCGAUUAAACACACUCAAUGCACUCUACGGUACAUGUACUUAUUAUUGUUUAAAGUUAAAACAAAUACUGUGUAGUGUACUAUAUGUGAAACAACACGUAAGCCCGCACAAUAACAUUCUUUGGACAGUUCAUCUUUAAAUCAUAAAAUGGAACAAAAUCAGAUUCGAAUUUCCUGACAGGAAAACUUCCUUUGUACAAUUCUUCUCCUCGGAGCUGUAAAACGGAGAACUAUUACGUCACUUCACGCCGGGAAGUGGUCUAUUUUACAGCUGGAAGGGGCGGUGGCAAUCACGUGACUACUUGAACUUCCUGUUUACUAUUUGUCCCGAAGAGCUUCUCUCCGCUCAGUGAAGGGAUAUACAUGCUCCCUAUUACAUAAAACUUCUUUCUACUUCCUGUAACUGGGUUCAAUAUUCCGAGCCCACAGCCACCUGGAUUUCGCGGAAAAAAGUUAGGAGAAACGUCGACAUGGCGUUUACAAACCUAACCGGCCGACAGUCCUCGGAUUUUCCUGCUUCACUCUCCCGGCGACCUCAUCUCCUGUGAUUUAUCUCUGGCACAGUAUGAAGAUGGAGUUGGAGUUUUCAUCAGCAUAGAAUCCGGAUUUAAACUUCAGGAGUUUCUCAGUGUUGUUAUUGUUUCCGAUUUUGAGAUGGCCGAAGUGUUGUGACAUUCUGAGCAGCCUGCUGUGUUUUGACUUGGGUUUCCGAUGACUUCGUAUUCCUUCUCCGAGAGGUAUUUCGAUUUCAAACCCCAAUUUAAACCGAGGUAUGAUUGGCUGAAGCUGUUGUUUUGGGGACAUAUCAUUUGAGACGUGGCUCGGUUUCUCCCUCGACACCCUGACCUCAUAAAACAGGUUUAAAGAAAGUGCCCCGUUUUUUUUUUUUUUUUAGAGGGAUACGUUUUUUUCGGGGCCCUGAAUUCAAACAGGUUACCCGGGUCUGGACCCUUGAAGCGGGCGGUGAGGAAGAAAUUGGCAGGGAGACGAUGGCCUGAUGGGUCCACCCGAGCCCAGGGUGCUGCGGUAUUUAAGGGUGGUGAGGUCCAGAUAGAGCCGACCCGGCGUGGCGCACGGACAACUAUGGCAGCGGCCGCUCUGGUCUCAUCGGACUGCUCACCUGCCUCGGGAAACCCAGUCCGGAGGAGCGAGGAGAUCGUGGAUUUGAUCGAUUACUUUUCGAAAUGCCAUUACAAGGCGAAGGAGGUCAACCCCAAGGUGGAGCAGAUUGAGAGAAGGUGUCUGGAGUUGUUUGGCAGGGAUUACAAAUACAGUUUAAUUCAAAAUCCCAAUGGGGAGAUUUGUGGCCACUACCCCCGACAGAUCGUCUUCCUGGAGUAUGAGAGCUCAGAACACGACAAAGAGAGGUAUGAGAUUACAGUACAGAUUAGUAAACUGCAGGACCUGGUGAACCGCAGCAAGAUGGCCCGCUGUCGAGGGAGGUUUGUCUGUCCAGUUAUCCUCUUCAAUGGCAAGCAUAUCUGCAGAUCGUCAACGCUAGCUGGGUGGGGAGAGCUGUACGGACGCACAAGCUACAAUUAUAUCUUUUCAGGGGGUUCUGAUGAUGCAUGGGCAGAUUCAGAGGAGGCUCCUGAUGAAGACGGUGCAAUGCGGAAUGGAGACUCCCAGCUGUUUGACAAAGUCAGAGGUCAUGAUAUCAAGCUCCUCCGGUACCUGUCUGUCCGCUAUAUCUGUGACCUGAUGGUGGAGAACAAGAAAGUGAAGUUUGGCCUAAAUGUCACUUCGUCUGAGAAGGUGGACAAGGCUCAGCGCUAUGCAGACUUCACUCUCUUGUCUGUGCCUUACCCAGGCUGUGAAUUUUUUAAAGAUUACAAAGAUCGAGAUUACACAGCAGAGGGAUUGGUCUUCAACUGGAACCAGGACUUUGUGGAUGCUCCCUUAACUAUUCCAGCAUUCCUUGCCAGCAACUUGAACAUUGACUGGAGAGAAUAUCAGUCAUGGGACCUGGUUCAACAGACCCAAAAUUAUCUUAAGCUGCUUAUACACAUCAUCAACAGUGGUGGUGACAGUGGAUUGUUAGUGCACUGUAUAUCCGGCUGGGAUCGGACACCUCUUUUUAUCUCUCUUCUCAGACUCUCACUUUGGGCAGAUGGUGUGACUCAUGCUAACCUAGAACCAGCUGAAAUUCUUUAUCUAACCAUAGCCUAUGACUGGUUCCUCUUCGGGCACAUGCUCCCAGAUAGACUGUGCAAAGGAGAGGAGAUUUUCUUUUUUUGCUUCAAUUUUUUGAAGCACAUCACUUCAGAAAAGUUCUCCGUAAUGAAGAAACAGAGAGCGAAAAAUGCACAGUGCAGGGAAACUGAAUUUACAGUUGAAGAGAUCUGUCAGUUACAUAAGAGAGACCGGGGCAGCGUCACCAGCCUCAGCAGUGACUUCUCUCUCAUGACUGAAGACAGCCCGGCAGCGGCAUCCAGCUUCAACUGUGAAGGAGCAGAGCCAGUCUCUGCAGGGUCUCAAGCGCAGGCAGCCUGGAGAAAAGGCAGGACAUCGUCUCCACAGACUGUUAUGUGGAGCAAAGCUCUUCAGCCAGAGGACAAGCUGCUGCAUCCAGGACUGUCAGAGGCCAAAUCAUCCAGCUCUUCUUCUUCCAACCAAUCGGAGCAAGGCUCUGUAUGGACUGGGAGCAGUCCGCUAGCUGUACCUGGACGCAGAUCUGCCGGCGAGUACGCACGGUCCGGUUCCUCAGUAUCCACCGAUUACGGCAGCUGGCAGAUUGUGUCGGGCUGUGGCAGCCUUCAUGACCAGGGCAUCCUCACUGCCGAGUCUCCCCUCCCCUUCAGCUUUCAGGACGAUGCAACCAGCGGCAGGAUGUGUCCCCCACCCUCGGAGCGACAGGUUCGACUCGAAGCGGUGAGAGAGGUGUUCCUGGCAGCCUACAGCUCCACGGUUGGCUUGAAAUCGACCGCUCCCAGGCCGUCUGGAGCCAUCUCCGGCCUCCUGGAGCAGUUUGCACGGGGAGUGGGACUGAGGGGAACGAACGCCAUCGUCUGACACAGUGUCUCGAAAUGGAUCCAAACGAACGGCAAGACUGACCACAAGCCAGUGCCAAGCUGAGGCUGCAUCUUUUUGUUUCAUUUUACUGAAUGUAAAGCAGCCUGAUAAUUUUAAUUUAUACGUUACUUCUGUUUGUGUGUGUGUGUGUAGGGAGAUGAACAGUGUUAUUAAAGCAAAAGGGAAGGCUUCAUCACCAAGCCAAUAAACCUUCAAGAAACUCAACACCCAUAAGAACAAUGUAAUGUUUUUAUUUUAUUUCUACAAAAGCACAAUCUUUAGAGAAAACAAAGUGAUAAUGGUUUAAAGGUUCUUGGUAAGAUUACUUUGAAAGGGUGAUUUCUAAGGGACAUUCCCCUGGAGUACAGUGAAUUUGUCCAUGUACCCGUUUCUUAAAACAAUUUAAAUAAAAAGGAAGAGAACAAGGUUCGCUGACAUGUUUAAGUAACUGAUGAGCUCUCCCGAUGAACAAAGUUAUUUUCAAAAAUUGUUGGCUCGAGAUGGCAAAUGACUUAUUUGUAUGAAACUGGAAAACGGUAUCAAUGGGGAAAACUUGAGCAGCUUUUGACUUUUUUUUAAUGUACCUCUUAUUGUUGCCUUUGGGCUGUAACUUAAGUAUAUUUCUAUACAAAGCCCAGACUAAUUUUACUGGGUUUGGCAUUAGGCUGUGAUGUAUAAUGGGAGAUAUUUGGUUUUAAGCUUGUAAGUUUCACUUCUGUAAUGAAAAACCGUGGCUGAGUUUUCCAACACUUGAAUAUUGAGACUAAAUGGGACAAUUUAUUCCAUAGCCAGACCUUUUGAAGUAAUCAAUUAUUUUGUGCAGUUUUUUACAAAAUACUGUAACUUACUGUAAAAUACUGUUUCAUGAAACAUUAGGGUAAAAAUGUUGGAUAUUGCACCCAUCUACAAGAGUUGUUUUUUUCAGUAAGAAAGUAUGGCUUUCAUAUAGUAAGACUUUUUUUUUUACUUCUUUAAUGUUUUUAUUAAAAGCCCCUUGUGUGAAAAUCAAGUUUUAGACUUGUUGGAUUGCUUCUGGAUGUGUCCAAGAGAUUACACUUAAUUCAAGGAGAUUUGACAGCCUUCAUCUAAGUCAAAGUUUAAAAUAGAAUUCAAACAGUCUGGGAAAUUGUUUUUAAGAAAUCCUUUCCUCUAACUUCUAUUACUUCUGAAACAAAUUGAUGCCUUGUGCAAAGUUAAAUUCACCUUUUGUUUCUCUUGAUUCUUCUGAAUGAAAGAAGUGGCAAUUCUAAUUGGUGAUUUUUACUCCUGUUUUAGUUAAGGCCUUUUCGGCCUCUAGAAACUCAAAUCCUAGGGGGUUUUCAAAUGCAUACUUUUCAGAAAUUUGUGGAGAGAAAAUGCAGAUAUGUCUAAACUUUAUAUGCAUGAGGAAUUGCAAAAUGAGUACAGAUUUUAACAAGUUUCCUUUACAAGCCCAAUGUUUUUGCAUUGUCUGGAUUUGGCAUUACAGUUUCAGAACCCACUUAUUGUAGGUUCUUCAGUCUAGUUAAUGGUUACAUGUAAAACAAAAACUUUAACAAUGAAUACAAUGGCACAGAGUGUAAGAUGGUUGUGGGAAAAAUCAUUUUGUGACUUGUUUUUCUCUUCAAUUCAUUUGUGAAAUAAAAAUGUCAAUAUUUUAAUGA